AUGAACUCUAUCUAAAACAAGGACUAUGGAUCAGUAUUAAAUUAAUAGAAUGAGCCAAAAAAUGACAAAACAAAUGCUAAUAGCAGCAAUUCAAUAGCUAGUAUGCUCAGAUAAAAACUCAACAAAAACUAAAAGAUAGAUUUAAGCCAGAUAAAGCAAUAUUAUGAUAUUCAAUCUCAUAAUGUUUCUUACUAAUAUGCCCCAAGCAAUCCAAUAGGACCAAAGCAACUGAAUAAUUAAGCUCAAAAACCAGGAUACAAUGAAUCUAAUUCAUUUUCAAGUCCUGUAAAAUCUGAGCUUUCUGAAACCCCAUAAGUAAUGAGAAAGAGUAAAAGGGUAGCUUUUAAUGAGUCACAAAUAAGCCAAAUUAUUCCUAUUGAUUAGCAGCAAAUUAGUUAUCUAAAAAAAAAUUUUAUAGAGGAAAACAGUAACAGCUCAUAAAAGUAAGGUGAGGAAAGAGAACAAAAUAACGAAUUCAAUUAGAAUAUUAAAAUUAUAAACUAAGAGUUCGAAAGGAGUCAAAGAAUUCUAGAAGAUGAUCCUAUUUAAGUAGAAGAAAUAUCAUAAUCUGUGACUCCUAUAAAAAUUAAUAGAAAUCUUAACAAAUUUAGUGAUAGUGUGAACAAAGAAAAUAAUAAUUACAAUAGCCUCAAAGGUGGUAUAUUUUCUAAUCGUAAAUCUGGUACUACCAUGAGACUGUCUACUAAUUAGAGUUUAUGUGAUGAAUAGAUUUUAGAAGAAAUAAGAAAUUGGGAGAAAAUGUUUGAUGUAGAUAAAACUGUACUUGGUAAAGUAGAAACUACUUUCAAAUAAAUGGAAGACAGAAUUACUGAUUUGGAAGCAUAAUUUGAGAUUUGUUACAAUCUCACUGGAAAGAUGGAGUAAAAAUAUUAAGAUUUGCAUAAGCUUCUUAAGGGAACUCCUGUCUUUAAGGUGUCCCGUGCAAACAAAAAGAAAGCUAAUCUUAGAAUAUUUUUCUACUCACCUUCUCUUGAAGCUUUUUGCUGGAAAUCUACUAAAGAUAAUUUCCCUGAAAAAAAGCAGCUUGUGUUCAUUAAAAAUAUUAGAGAAGUUCAGACAAAACUUGAAGCAGGUAGGAAACUACCUUCGCCUUUUACUGAGCAGUAGUAUAUUAGAAUUGUUAUGAUGGAUAAGAAAUAACAAGAUUUAGAAUUAAUUUGUGAAGAUACUUAGCUUAGAACCAUUUUAUUGAAAUCUAUCAGCUCUCUGAUUGAAGAUCUGCGUAAAUCUCAGCAUAUUAAGCUAAACUAAGAUAAUUAGGCUGCACCAUCUUUAAUUAGUAAUGGAGCUAAUUGCGAGUUUUUGAUCAAUAAAUAUACCAAUGAUAUUCAAGGUAUUAAAGAAUAAAUAAACAAUACAAAGAGUUUUUUUGGAGAUUCCACUCAAUUGUUAAGAAAUGCUUUCUUUUAAGCAACUCAAACUUUAGUUCAAUAAGAAAGAAAAAAACGCAAAUAAAUAGUGCAGAAAUAAAAAUUAGAAUAUCUCUAAAGGAAAAAAGAAGAAGAAGAACAAGCAGAAUUAAUGAAACAAAAGGUCUCCCAAAUGAUAAAAAUAGAAAAAGAAGAUUAUGACAAUAUCGCAUAUCAAAAUAUCGAAUUGAAAUAGGAAAUAUCUGAUUUGGAAUAUGAAAAGCAGUGCUUAAACUAGAGAUUAGAUGAAUAAGACUAAUGUAUUCAGUUGCUUAUGAAUUCUAUGAAUGAAAGCAUCAACAAAUUAUGUCAAGCUCCUGCAGUUUAAGAUAUUUAGCAAUUCUUCUAUCAAUAUGACACAACUUCUUAACAGGUAUAUAUCUAAAAUAAUGAAUAAUUGUGUAAUAAUUAUGACAAUAAUAAUCUAAACACUGUUUAAAAUUAAUACUACUAAGAUUCUGAGUAACAAUCUGAAUAUAAAUAUGGGGAAGUAGUUGUUUAAUAGAAUUAAGUAGAAAGCAUUUAGUAAUGCUUUAAUCAAUCAAACCAACUUAAAUAAAUUCUUAACUCAUGUAUUGACAAAAUUUUAUAAGAAUAUUUCAACUUAGUUGAAAGUUAAUCAAAUAGACAUACAGCAGCUAGUGAUAAAUUUUCACAGCCUAAAUAGAGCGAAUAUCAAAUAAGCAUCAAAAAAGCCAUUCAUGACAAAGAAGAGGAAAUCAAAAAGAUAAAAAGCAAUAAUUAAGAUUUAUGCAAUAAAUUUGCCUGUUUGUAACAUGAAUGCAAUAAGUUGCAAAUAGAAUUAAAAAAUUUAACUCAUAAUUAAGAAGAUCUUUAAAGAACAAAUAAAUAUUAUGAAAUGGAAAAUGUGGAAAUAAAGCAAGAAAACGAGUAGUUGAGAGAAUAAGUAGAAAACCUCUUAGGAGAAAUUAAAUCCAAAGAAGAUAACUUUAGCUGCAUUGUGGAAGGACUCUAGCUCAUGAGAGAUGAAAUACUGAAUCAAGUAGAUAUAUUAUAAGAAGAGAUUAGCAAUUAAUAGAAUCAUAUAGCCCAAUUAUAAAAAUCUAAUUAGCCUUCAAGUUUACUCAAAGUUUCUUAUUUAGAGAACAAAAUUAAAGAGAAAGAUUUGCAAAUUAAACAAUUAAUUGAUUAAAUUGAUAAUCAAUAAAUCUAAGCUUAAAAUAACUCUAAAGCAAGUCUAGAAAGUAGCUAAAAUGAAAGUAAUUUGAUAAGUCUUAAAGUAAAAAAUCAAUAGCUUACAACAGAAUUGAGUACUUUAAAAUGCAACAUGCAAUCUUUGGUUAACAAAAACCAAUACUUAGAAAAGCUAGUUUUAUAAUUCUAAUCUUAGCCAUCAUUGAAUUUAAAUUAGAAUUCCACUCAUGCGAAUAAAGAAAAUUAACAUCCUAACUUUUAGAGUAGCGAGUAUUCUUUCAAAGUUCGCCAUGACAGAACCCCAUCAUAAAACUCUUUGUAAUUCUAAUCAAAGCAAUUCAAUUUAAUAAAUUAGAGAAAUGCUGAACUACAAUAGCAGUUAGAAGCCACUUCUAAUUUAGUCAAAGAGUUAGAAUAAAAAAUGAUUAAAAGAGAUUCUUAUCGUCCAUCAAACAAGACUGAAGGUGAUGAGCUGUAAUCAUAUAUCUAAUCACAUCAUAGCUAAUAAUCUCUAUCUUCCAAUAAUCAUUACAAUUAAAAUCAAUUUAGCGAUUUUGGCACUUAAAAUAAAUUUUCCCUUCACUAAAAAUAAUAAUCUUUAAAACAAUUUCCAAUUAAAGAGUUAAUGAAUUAUACAGUAUCACCUAGCAAUAGAUUAAACAAUAAAUUUUGA